AUGGGUCAAAUGGAAUUGGAUAGUUCAACAAUUGUAUUUAUUUCGAAAUGUGGCAAACGUUUUGAAUUUGAUCGAGACUUGCUCCUUGAGAUCAGCAAUUUUUUUCAAAAUCUUGUUAGCAGUGGAAUGGGGGAUGCAAAUUCCAGAGAACUUAAAUUAGAAUGUCUCACUGAAACCAGCCUGCAACAAGUAAGAAAAUUUUUAGCAAAUUUUCAAACCAACAAGCAGGUAACCGACAUCCAAUCUACCGCUACAACAAAGAGGGUUGGGACGGAUUUGAAGAUGUUAGCUAGCAAAUAUGAAAGCAUUAUUAGCUUGGAAGCAUUGAAGAGGGUAGAAGAAGGACUGAUUGGUGCAUUGUUCUUACAAAUUGAUAGUAUGGAAGACAUGUACGUUGAACUACUGUUGAAACAAUUAAAUGAGUCAACGUAUAUACGUAUUCUGCAGUUUGCAAAAAAAUACCUGUUGGGUGGAGUUAUCAAUAGAGCACUUGGUUAUGUUUUAAAAAAUUUUAAACAACUAGCUAAACUGCCCGAAAUACUUACAUUAUCGUCAAGUGAUAUUUUACACUUGGUCAAAGCAGAUUUUGUAAAUACGGAACGUGAAGUCGACAUUUUUAAUUUAAUAAUCAGGUGGGUUUCUGUCGACGAAUCGAGGAGACAAUUCGCGGAAAAUUUACUGAAUGAAGUGAAGUAUGACUUGAUGACAAGAAAAGAAAAACAAGAGAGCUAUAUGGUUGCUCUUAAUGAGCUCGAACUUCAUGUGUGUCCUUCUGAUAAGAGUCAGAAUAGAUUUUGUUCUGUCGGAACGAUGCUCAUGUCUGGAGACCCGAUGAACAAUUUUGAAAGUAGAGAACGUCAGAAUAUUUAUUCAAUACCCGUUUAUAGUUUGACUAAAACUCACGAAAAGAGAAGACGCUCCAAUCCACUCACGAUUCCAAUUGCAAUCACCAAGAGACGAGGCCCACAUUUUGAUUCAUCUUAUUACGGAGCUUGUGUUGCCGAUAGACGCCUGUACGUGGCUGGUGGGAGAAACAGAAGUCAAUCGAGGAAGAGUUUUUCUGUUUAUGAUCCCAUCUGCUCAAAAUGGUCACGGCUGCCGGACAUGCACGUGGCACGAUCUGAAUUUUAUUUCGGUGAGAUGGAUGGACACUUGUACGCAGUCGCCGGCUCGCUUGAUCCCGAAAACACAACUCCGACGGUAGAAAAGUUUAAUCGAGAAGAAAACAGAUGGUGCUUGUUGGAACCUCUGCCUACCGCUGUUUUUAAUUUGGCAGGUACUGUGUGUAGUGGUAUGUUAUUCGUUAGUGGAGGGUGCGAGGAAACCCUUCUUGACGCGAGGCAAGUCUGUUGGUAUGAUCCUACACGCAACAAAUGGUGCCAAAAAGCUCCCUUGUUGACAGCACGUUUUGACCACGUUAUGGUUACUCUGGGGCAAAAGAUUAUUGUUGUUGGAGGAUUGAAUGAGUUGAAGUUUAGGAAUGAUGCAGAGAUUUACGAUUGCCAAACUGACCAGUGGUCAUUUUUGAUGUCGUUGUCUUUACCAGUCAGCAUUCAUAACUCCAUCAUCAUCAGCAAUCACCUCUAUGUCUUUGGUGGAAGUUCUAAGCCUAAUUUGGUUCAAGACAUCAGCCUGCAGACAUAUUUGAGUUACGAGAGUUCGCCAUCACAGUCCUUUGAAGUUCAGAAUAUUAAUAUCAGUGGUGAAGUUAUUUUAUGUAAGCAAAAUGAUUUUUACGAUUACGGCUAUGAUACCGCUGUAUAUAAAGUUUUUAUAUUAACUGAUGUCUUUUGAUAUGGACAACAUGACGCUAGGAGCACGUCAGCAAAUAAAAAAUCCGUAGUAUUAAUAUAAUAAGUUUACUUCGCCUUGUAUUUUUGUUUUUUAAAAUAAUAAUGUGAUAAAUUUAUUGCUUUAAAUUGUUUAUUUUUUUUAUUUACCUUGUUUAUUUGUUUAUUUACCUACAUUUUAAUUCAUUUUUGCAGUUUUUUUUCAUAACUUUGUCUCUGUAUUAACAGUAGUUCAUUAUUGCAUUUCCUAGUUUUACUGCCUUCAUGGUUUCAAUUUUUCAUGCUUUUUAUAUUUAAGGUUUUAUUUAAUAGGUCUUUACCUGUUUAAUUAUAUCAGUCGGUAGCUUUGUUUUUUGUGUAUGAUUUUUUGAUACAUUUUUCCAUUUCGACGGUAAUUCUUCAUUCACCGUUAUUUAUUUUUGCUGUCUUUUAAUGCUAAUUUGAUAUGAGCACAUGUAACUCACGUUUAAGCCCAUUUUUUUUAUUUAUUUUUUUAUUAACAUUACCAAUAUUUGUUUAUUCAUUUGAUUUAAAUGGUAUGUUUGUUCUACUGCCAGUAUCAAUUUAUAAAGAUAGGAACACUGAAAAACAUUUUCUAUAUGUUAUUAUUUAUUUCUUUUGUAAAUACUCAACUAAAAAUAGUUUAUACAACAUUUUUUUUAUAAAA